CUCACUAAAAUAUCGUUUGUAUCUAAAAGUUUUCGAAUCAAGCAAAAUAUAUCAACAACAAACUUCCGCGAUUUUUGUAAUAUUACAUUUUAAAUUGACUUUUUCUCUUUAAGAUAAAACGAUAAACUGUAAAAUAAUAUUGAUAGUUCUUAGAUUAGUUGUGUAAAUAGUAUAUUUUGUUAUUGUAGUAGAUAUCAUUCGUUUUGAUCAACAUAACCUAAAAACUUCUUUGCUUCCCACAAUGAACCCAGAAAAAGUGAAGGAAAUAGGAAAAAUAUGCAUUCCAGGAAUGCGACUAAGCUUAUACAACAAAGAAUUCAUCCCAGGCCCAGGAACUUAUGAACUUCAAGGUUACAUUUAUGCCACAUUGGCUGGUGUCCUGAAGAUGGAAGUAGAUGAAACCACCAAGGCCACAACAGUAUCAGUAGAAAGUCCACGGACUCCAAGUGUCCUGCCUAAAACUGGAGAUAUUGUCACAGCUAAAGUAAUGGUGGUAAAUUCAAGACAAGUCCAUUGCACAAUACUUUGUGUUGGCCCUUCAGUCCUUGUAAGGCCUUACAGAGGUAUAUUGAAAAAAGAAGAUAUAAAAUCCACAGAUAAAGACAGGAUAGACCCCUAUAAAUGUUUCAGGCCUGGUGAUGUCAUAUUGGCAAGAGUUCUUCCAAUGACAGAAAUUCAUUGGUACCACCUGUCUACAGCAGAAAACGAACUUGGAGUGGUCAUAGCAACCGCAGAGGGGUCCCCACAGGGUGUAAGCAUGUUGCCCAUAAGUUGGUCAGAGAUGCAAUGUCCUAAAACCCUUGUCAAAGAACCCAGGAAAGUUGCCAGAGUCAUCCCAGAAAAUAUAAAUCAAGCACUAUUUCCUAUUGGAAACAAGGACAAAGAAAAGAAAUGAUUAAAAAUAAAAUUGGUUACUUUUAGUA